AUAACCUCAAAGAAAAACAAACAGAUUUCGCAAUGUUAUAGGAGUACUAUAAUAAAACAGUUUUUUGGCGGAUAAAGCGAAAGAAUUUUUCUUAGUGAACAAAAGAGAAUUUUCGGGAUGAGCACGAUAAAUAUACGGGGCGUUGCCGUGGAAUUCCCCUUCGAACCGUACGAGUUACAGAGAGAAUUCAUGGACAAGGUGAUUGAAUGCCUGCAAAACGAAACAAAUGGCGUUCUGGAGUCGCCCACUGAGACCUGUCGUUGCUGUGCUCGACUUUGGGCUGGUUGCAGUUAAAGAAAGCGCAAAUUCAGGCGCAGAGAAUAAACAGUAUUGUGGAAGAGAAGCAGGGUUUCAUGGGGAAUCUGCUGAAAGAACUGACUGGAAAAGUGGAUAAAGGGACGGUAAAUAACGCAGAAAACAGCAGACGGGCCUUCAUGGGCUUACCGACCAUCAUAUACGCCUCAAGAAUGCAUACUCAGUUAUCACAGGCAAUGAAUGAACUUAAAGGUAGUGCAUACAAGCACAUGAAGGCUUGCAUUAUAUGAUCAAGGGAGCAAAUGUGCAUACAUCCAGAAGUGAUGAAGGAACAGAGCAAUUCUGCCAGAACCCAGAUGUGCCGUUUGAAAGUGAAAACGCGUAGUUGCCAUUUCCACAACCGCGUGGAACGUAAGAAAGAAGACCCUGCUGUCUCAGAGAGUCUGGUGAUGGACAUGGAAGACCUGGUAAAACUGGGCAAUCUGCACAAAUUCUGUCCGUAUUACAUGGCUCGGGAAAUCCAAAAGGAGGCAGAUAUCAUUUUCAUGCCCUACAACUACCUGUUGGACCCCAAGGUCAGAAAAAGUCUCGGCAUUGUUUUGAGCAACAAUGUUGUCAUACUGGAUGAAGCCCACAACAUUGAAAGGUACAUUUUAGGUUAUUUUUUGUGACAUUUAAAAUGUAAUUUUUGACAUGUGUCAACUGUCAUUUUUUGUUGAUCACUUGUGACCAUCAAGCCUACACAAGGACACCAAGCUUCACGUAUACAAAAAAAUUUCUAAGAUAAGAGGGUUGAUUGUUUGAUUUGUACUGAAAUGCUACCAAAACAGAACACAUCAUUACUUAUCAACAAUGGUAGAAAACAAGGCCCAAUUUGUGCAAUUUAGUGGGCAGCUUUUGUCAAUUUCCUCUAUUGGACUCCUUCUGUAGGCUCCAUGACUUGUGCAAAUUGAAAACUUGAAUUUUCCCUAAAGGUGGCAGCUAAAAACCCCAAAAUACCCCCAUUAGAAAAUCGCGCGUCAAUUGUCAAUUUUUACUGUUAAAUACACACUGAUACAAAUGUCUAGAAAGUUCUGCCAACUUUUUACGAAAAAAACAAUGUUUCAUCUUGGUUGCCUAAUCUCAGAAUCCAAAAUACCCCUCCAGGGGAAUCUUGACAAGUAAAAAUCACCAAAAAAUCCUUUUGUUUUUUAUCGUUAUGUUUUUGUUAUGUACUACAUAAACAAUAAUUUAGGUAAUACUAGCGAGAUUUAUACGGAAAAGAUGUAUUUUUUUAAAUGCAAUCACGAAAAAAUGUACAUUUGUGUAAAUUGUAGGUAAUUUGUUAAAUUUAGCAAUGGUACAACUGUUAUAUUAUUAAAUUUGUUGAAGGAUUUUUUUUAAAUUUUAAUAAAUA